CUAAAUAUUAUACUGCUUGCGUACGAGUUUGCGCAAUGCGCCUAUCACCCCCGCCAGAAAAUAUUCCAAAUAUUUGAACAGCAAGCGCAGAGAGGAAGGGGGGUCGGAGAGAGCAGAGAGGAAGGGGCCGGAGAGCGGAGAGAGAAGAGAGAGAGGCGCAGUUGAGCAAGUGAGCUAAGUAGCUAAAGCCAGUCAGUGAGGCCGAGGCGGACAGUUUUGAGGUGACAGUGGAGAAUGGGGAGGACUUUGCACGCCCGGCGAAUUUUGUCCGCAGAAAGGGUGCUCAAACUCGAUCGCUACCCAUCUGAGAGCGUGUGCUGAAACUGGAGAAACACCGGUGGACAGGAAGGAAUGGCUGAUCCUCUGAGGAGGAAUUUAUUAGCAAAACUUCGGGGGAAGAAAUCUAAGAAAGGGACGCCGGCUGGUGGAUACGGCGCUGCGACUAAUGGGGGCAGAGCAGGUAAAGGAAAAGUUUCUCAAAACCCAGACGGCCAAACUCGUCCAGUAGUAAUGUUCGCAGAGUUGCAUUGUCUGACAGACAACAUCAUGAGAGGUAACGAUAGUUACGUUAACGACAUUGUAGUAAACAAGGUUGGAUUAGAUCAAGAGCAGAGCACGGUAGGAGUUGUUGAGACGAGUGAGUUUCCCCAGCAGUACGAGGCUUCAGCUAACAUGCACAUAAACACUAGCCGGGGGCCGGGGGACAAUCUGGGUAGCGGGUGCUCCGGGAUUAGGGGUCGAGUAAAUGAGGAACUCUUGGGGGUCUCACUUCAAAGAGCAACUCAGUACGAGGGGAACGAUAGAGACGAGAUGAUCAGAAUCCAUAAACAAGGGCCCGGCUACUUCUCUGGACAAUUACAACAAGGACACAUAGGUAGAGCGCACGAACAGAGAAAACACUUUGUCCCCAUUCCGCGACAGUAUAGCGCAGGGGAUUCAAUAGGGUUUGGGAGCAAUAGUCCUAAUAAUCACAUUAUAUACCACAGAAGGCCUGAUGGGGUAGUUAAAAUGACAAAUGGCCACUAUCCUGCUUCAAAGAGUAAUGGAACAAAUGUCUGCUUUGACAAAGAUCUAAAGACUCGAGUAAGCCACGGGCAGACAGACUCCUGUCAUCAAACUGUGUACAACUACGAGGCAGACAACGGGCAGAGGUCUAUAAAUGAUUUCAACGUUACGGCAAACGUGCAUCCUGGCCACAACCAAAUAUUGAAAACAAAUGUUACAAAUAACGGGACGCAAAUGUGUCCGCCGGGUAUCGCGUGUGCGCAUCAUCCGGACAGUAAUUACACCGAGGAAAACAUUGUGAUUAGAAACAUAGAGAGUUACGGGAGCUCGCAUGAAUUUACAGGGGACAACAUUAGGGUGACCCAUUUGCAGAGCCCGACAUUUUUCCCCACUGAAUUGGAGAUAUGCGACGUUAACGUGGCCUCCCACUUCAUAUGCGCAAGAGAAGGAGCACCCCGACACUACUCUCUAGAUAGCGAGGAUGAUGAUUAUUAUGAUAAUGUAAUUCUUCCCUUUUAUGUAUCUGAGUCAUUAGGUCCAAAUGAUAGAAAAAGCUCAGAUAAAAUAGAAGCCAUAGAUUCGGGAAAAGAUGUUCCUAAAGGACAAGUCAUUAGCGACAGUGUGCAGGAGACAGACAGACUGCGGAGCCAGUUGAAAGAGGCCUAUUACCUUCUUAUAAACACCAUGCAUGAUAUUAGUUUUGAUGGUCAGGUCAGUGUCAACGGUUUUAUAGAUCAGGCAAGUUCCUCCAGUCACUCUCGGGACAGCAUGUGCUCACGGUUGUCCAUCAAGCACGUGGACAGUGAUGCUUGGUCGUCGGGAGAGCACAGUGUCCAACAGGUGUCUGACACAGACUCCAUCCUGUUGUGCCUGCUGAGUGAAAACCGAGGGGAUCCAAGUCUAAAAAAAAAUGUCAUUAGCAAGAGCCUCGUGAAUCUAUCUGCUAGCAGGAUUGGGCCUCCCUUACUGCGUUCCACUAGUGACAGAGCUAUCAAAUACCGCAGUGGCGCGCACAAUGCGCCCUGCAUCCAGGCCCUCGGUUCCCAAAGCCCUGCCUGUGAGAAUGGGGAUGGAGCAAGUAGGCCACAGGCUGUUGGAGCCUCUGACCCGUUUGAGAAACAGGCCAGCUACAAUGGUGACACGAGCAGCGACGACCUGCUUCAAGACACCGGUGAAGACUUCAAGUUGAACGAGAGUAGUGGCUCGGUCAACAGCCUCACUGGAUGGUCCGACAACGCAGACACCCAGCAGGGUGGUAACAGCAAGCGAGAUGGAGAGAUGAGCGCGUGGGACCGGGGAGGCUCUGCCAAGCCCCAUGGAGUCACCGUCAACAAGAUGCAGGAGUGGAUGCACAAAGGCCGUCUGUUGUCUUCAGAGAUGAAGCAGCGCAUCGCGGGGUCCACGCCCCAACCCCAUGGCACCCACUGUGGCCUGGAUAGUGCACCACGGCCCAGCCAGGGCCAGGCCAGCUCAGUUCCAGCUGGAGCUAAACCAGCAGCCCUGACGACCAGAGUUCACGGGGCCAUACCCGCCACUGUGGUCCCAUGCCAGAGCCAGGCUUUGCAUCAGUCAGCUCUGAUAGAGAAUGUCCACUCCUCCUCCGACAGGCACGAGGUUGGCGAGGGCAAGGCCAGCGAGCUGUCAUUAUGGAGACCCCCACUCAACACCAUCACCGUUUCCAAGAAACGCAACUGGCUCCAGCAGAGCUCUGGGAGGCCGCAUCACACCACCCAGGAUGACUCCCAGUGCAUUCUGGGAGCAGAGGAGGACAAUGGACAUGGACAUACACCCCGACCCCCUCCUAGCCCCUCCCCGGAGUACCUAAAACCCCCCGGACCGCCGCCCUCCCGGCCCCUCCGCCUGCACCUACCCCAGGUGAGCAUGUGCCACGCCCGCGUUGGACCCCAGCCCAGGUGUGUGGACCCGGCUGAGGAGAAUGAUGCGGAUGACGAGGGGGAGAUCUGGUACAACCCCAUCCCCGAGGAUGAAGAACCAGAGCUACGUCACAUUUACAGACCCACUGCCAUCCCCCAGGUCAGACUGAUGGUCCCUACACGGCCCCAGGAGCCCCAAGCCCCCCAGAUCCAGAGGCGGCCCAGCCGGGAAGGGGUGGCCGGGCGGACCCUGGAAGGCUGCAGCCCUGACCUGGAGGGUGUGGGGGAGAGCCUGGGUGGCGGAGGUGGAGGUGGAGAGGGGAGUCAGCAGGGGAAUGCUGUACAUUCCAUGGAGCCAUCGGUACAGCUGCACAGACAGAUGCUGCACACAUGCAAACCUCAGGAGGAGGGGCCAGCCAGUUCCAGCAGAGCCACAGCUGCAGCAGAAGGCCCUGACCUGGCCACCCCCGGCUUCUCGCCUCCCUCCAGCCCCAACCCUGCUAAGAAGGGAAGCUCCCUCAACUGGUCAUUCCCGGACAAGAUCAAGUCCCCGCGCACCGUCAGGAAACUCUCCAUGAAGAUGAAGAAGCUUCCGGAACUCAGCCGCAAGCUCAGCGUCAAAGGGAUCCCUAGCAACAACAACAACACCAGCGGUAACGGAGCCAGCGCGAGCAGCCAAUCAGAGACAAGGACCCAGUGUCCCAAAACCAAUAGUGGGUCAGAUCCAGGCUCCGCUCCUCCCAGGUUGUCCCCAGGGGGUGGACAGGGGGCGGCCGCCAGCCGUAAUGUGAUCUCGAGAUAUCACUUGGACAGCAGUGUGUCGACACAGCAAAGUUACAGCAAGAAGAAGAGCAGCGGGACCUCCAUGUCGGCUAGCAAGGGGGGCUACCUCAGUGACGGGGACUCCCCAGAACUGGUGGCCAAGUCUGGGAAGCACGGGUCCUCAGAGGGCAAGGGAGGCAAGGGGAAGGAGAAAGACCCAGCCACUGGAGGAGGAGAGAGAACAGGAGCAGGAGGAGUAACAGGAGGAGGUGGCAGCUCCAAGUUGCACGGCACAGAACUAGACAUUGAUGCGUUCCGCCACUACGCCUUCACAGAACAGCCCAAGUGCACCCAGUACAUCUCAGGACUGAUGAGCCUGCACUUCUACGGCGCCGAGGACCUCAAGCCGCCACGUGUCGACUCCAGGGACGUCUACUGCGCCAUCCAGGUGGACUCGGUCAACAAGGCACGCACUGCCCUGCUCACCUGCCGGACCACCUUCCUAGACAUGGACCACACCUUCAACAUUGAGCUGGAGAACGCCCAGCACCUGAAGCUAGUGGUGUUCAGCUGGGACCCCACACCCAAGAAGAACCGGGUGUGCUGUCAUGGCACUGUGGUGCUACCGGCUCUCUUCAGGGUGACCAGGAGUCAUCAGCUGGCCGUGAAGCUGGAGCCACGAGGCCUGAUCUACGUGAAGUUGAACCUGAUGGAGCAGUGGCAGAACUCCCUGGACGGAGGCUACGAUGGGGACCGGGAGCGACAGAUGUUUGGGGUGGAGGCCUGGAGGGUUGUGGAGAGAGAGAACUCAGGACUCAUGGUGCCCCUGCUCAUCGAAAAGUGCAUCACGGAAAUUGAGAAGAGAGGCUGCCAGGUUGUGGGCCUCUACCGUCUGUGUGGUUCAGCGGCAGUAAAGAAGGAGCUUCGGGAGGCCUUUGAAAGGGACAGCCUGGGUGUGGAGCUCUGUGAAAACACCUACCCUGACAUCAACGUCAUCACAGGUGUGCUGAAGGACUACCUGCGUGAGUUGCCGUACCCCCUCAUCACUAAGCACCUGUAUGAGGCUGUGUUAGACUCCAUGGCUAAGAGGCCUCUGCGUAUUGGAGCAGGAGGAUGUGAGAACGACCAGGCGGACACAGAGCAGACUGUCAGCCUGCUGGAGAACCUGCCAGAGGUGGAGAGGUUGACCCUGCGGAGGCUGCUGGACCACCUGAAGCUGGUGGCGUCGCACCACGACGUCAACAAGAUGACGUGUCAGAACCUGGCAGUGUGCUUCGGUCCCGUGCUGCUCAGCCAACGCCAGGAGGCCAGCUGCCAUAGCAACCGCGUCUUCAUCGACUCAGAAGAGCUGGCCAGUGCCCUGCACUUUAAGAAGCACAUCGAGGUGCUGCACUACCUUCUGCAGCUAUGGCCAGUGGUGGACCCACAUGGAAAGACCUCAUCCCCCAUCCUGGAGCACCCCGGCCCAGCCGACCAGCCUGCCGCUCCACCCCUGCGUCGGAGGAAGGAGCGUCCCCAGGUGCUGAACUUGAGUGAUGCAGAGAUGGCCGGGGUGUUGCGACCUAGGCCGGGCCGACUGGACAGCCCUAGCAACCGUUACGCCGGUGACUGGAGUCGCUGUGGAGAGCGCUACCUCCCCCCUUCUCUGGCCCAGGAGGAAAAUGACUAUGAUGAUGUUCCUUCUGAGGAUAUGGAGGUCGCUGAGGAGGGACAGGAAGGAGAGGACAGGGGGAAGGAAGGGGGAGAGGAGCUAAGACCGGAAGGAUUACUGGACAGUGGACAGGAGGAAGGACAGGCAGAGCCACCUACAGCAAAACAGGAACCCCCACUACUCCAGGAGGUGAUGGAGGGACCUGUAGAGAAGGAGGAAGAGGAGAGAGAAGCAGAGGAGGAGAGUGAUGUCUCCAGUGACGGUCAGCCAUCAGACGAUAGGGUGUGUGAUGAUGAGGAUGAGCGCAUCCUGCCCCUCCACAACCCAAAAGAGCACACAUACCAGGCUUACAUGAAGAUCCAGGACAUCAGCCCCGUUCUCAGCAACAGGGUCAACCUGCGAGACCUGCAGGAGAGCAUCGACACGCUCAUAGGCAACCUGGAGAGAGAGCUCAGCAAGAACAAUCUCAAAGUUAGCUACUAACACAACACACAUUCAGCCUCACAGGCUACUGACUCAAACACACAGCCCAACAGGCUACUGACUCAAACACACAGCCCAACAGGCUACUGACUCAAACACACAGCCCAACAGACUACUUACUCAACACAGCCCAACAGACUACUUACUCAACACACAGCCCAACAGACUACUUACUCAACACACAGCCCAACAGACUACUUACUCAACACACAGCCCAACAGACUACUUACUCAACACACAGCCCAACAGGCUACUGACUCAAACACACAGCCCAGCAGGCUACUGACUCAACACACAGCCCAACAGACUACUGACUCAACACACAGCCCAACAGACUACUGACUCAACACACAGCCCAACAGACUACUGACUCAACACACAGCCCAACAGACUACUGACUCAACACACAGCCCAACAGACUACUGACUCAACACACAGCCCAACAGACUACUGACUCAACACACAGCCCAACAGACUACUUACUCAACACACAGCCCAACAGACUACUGACUCAACACACACUCAUCCCAACAUGCGACUGACUCAAACACACAGCCCCCGAAGAUGGAAAAGGCUUAGCUAAUUCUAAGGGCUUCGAGACUGGAGAGUUGUUGGGGUUCAGGAAUUUGGCUCCAGGGUUGCCGUGGUGACCUUUAAUAAAGACGACUCAGUGGCACGUGCACCCGUGUCGUGCGCCCCUGCAGAACUCUGGUGUUUAGAACUCUGGUGCGUGAUUGGCUGGACACUUCAUUUAGCACCUACCCACAAGACAUUAUUAGAUGUUUCAUUAAUGUUUUGCUUUUGAUGACUUGUUUUUACAUGUCGCUCAUGUUCUGUUGUUCUUAUCCGGUUGUUGUUGUUGUUGUUGUUGCUUCUCUUCUUAUUAGAAGAACCCAUUGACCCCCAGGGGUGUAAACGGUGCCUUAAUUGUGUGAAGGUGGGACUUUAAGGCAGGGGAGAGCUUUUCUAUUGAGGUACGAAACAUUAUCACGUACAGCAAUGCACUUAUGAGGCAGGCUUUAGUGUAUAGUACAAGUCAUUUAGGUAUAUGGUACAUGCAGUAUAGCUGGCUAUGGACUGGGAGGAGAACCAGGGAGGGGGCUAGACCUCUGAACCCUCCUCCUCCUCGGGUACGAGUACAAACGUAUCAUACAGUCACAUACAUACCUGCUCCAAUACCAUGGAGAAACACAUAAACAAGGAGAUAAUGAGUGAUAAGUGUUUCUCUCUACCUGCUAGAACAGAGCAGCUAAUCUGUAGCAACAAAGAGAGAUAGAAAAAAUAACUCAAGUGAUGUCAUGUAUUUGAAAAAUGAAUAAGUGAAUAUGACAUGGGUGAAAACCAUUAAUAUCUGGUUUUCUUUUAGCCCUUCUUCCCCAACCUCCCACAUGAUCUAGACCAGGGUUUGGUCUUAAUGUGCACCCAGGGGUUCCCCAGAACCCCUGAUCAAGACCACACGUACCAAACUCAUUCCACAGAGGGCCCAGGGUCUGCGGGUUUUCGCUCCUCCCUUGCGCUUAAUUGAUUAAUUAAGGUAAUUAAUUAGUAAGGAACUCCCUACACCUGGUUGUCUAGGGCCUAAUUGAAAUGGAAAAACCCAAAAACCUGCAGACACUAGGCCCUCCAUGGAAUGAGUUUCAGACCCACGAUCUAGACAGACAGUGAUCACCUGCGGGUUUAAAGAGGAAAAAGUCAAAUAUGGUAAACUUACGUAUGGUACAUACUGACUGCAGAACAGCAGUUCACGUGUUUCAUAGAAACAGUUACUGUGUGGAGAGGGCUCUGGCUAGUACGACAUGUGAGUCCACUACCUAAAUAGAUAAAAGCAAGUUUUCAGAAAUCCAGGGAUUCAGAAUGAUCAGUAUUUAACAUAUUUAUGUAUAUAUAAAUGUAUUUGGAGUAUAUAUAUUAUUUUUUACAGCUUAUAUAUAUAUUUCCAUACAGGCAUAUUUAAAUGCUCACCAUAACCUUGUAGUGUUGACCCAUGAUAGACUAUAUAGACGGAUUGGUUGUUUCGCAACAAAACCAACACAUGUGCAACUAUGGGGUUGAACAGAUGGGGUUGGCUUAGACUGUUGAUAACAUGUCAACUAUAUUUUGUUUCUAACGUUCAUUGAAAACAAAUACAUUUGCACAAUGAGCACUUGUCUCUCAAAUACAUUGUUACAGUUGGUUAGCUAGCUAGAGAAUAUUCGCCAUAUUAGCAUAGACGUGACAUCAGUCAAAACAAGACAUGGUAUCAAGCACAAGAUAAAACAAGCUGAAACGAGCCACCUACAUUUCCCCACAUGGCAGAUUCGUGUCAUUGUUGCUAGCUAUCUGGCCACCUACAUUUCCCCACAUGGCAGAUUCUUGUCAUUGUUGCUAGCUAUCUGGCCACCUACAUUUCCCCACAUGGCAGAUUCUUGUCAUUGUUGCUAGCUAUCUGGCCAUCUACAUUUCCCCACAUGGCAGAUUCUUGUCAUUGUUGCUAGCUAUCUGGCCAUCUACAUUUCCCCACAUGGCAGAUUCUUGUCAUUGUUGCUAGCUAUCUGGCCAUCUACAUUUCCCCACAUGGCAGAUUCGUGUCAUUGUUGCUAGCUAUCUGGCCAUCUACAUUUCCCCACAUGGCAGAUUCUUGUCAUUGUUGCUAGCUAUCUGGCCAUCUACAUUUCCCCACAUGGCAGAUUCUUGUCAUUGUUGCUAGCUAUCUGGCCAUCUACAUUUCCCCACAUGGCAGAUUCUUGUCAUUGUUGCUAGCUAUCUGGCCACCUACAUUUCCCCACAUGGCAGAUUCUUGUCAUUGUUGCUAGCUAUCUGGCCAUCUACAUUUCCCCACAUGGCAGAUUCUUGUCAUUGUUGCUAGCUAUCUGGCCAUCUACAUUUCCCCACAUGGCAGAUUCUUGUCAUUGUUGCUAGCUAUCUGGCCACCUACAUUUCCCCACAUGGCAGAUUCUUGUCAUUGUUGCUAGCUAUCUGGCCAUCUACAUUUCCCCACAUGGCAGAUUCUUGUCAUUGUUGCUAGCUAUCUGGCCAUCUACAUUUCCCCACAUGGCAGAUUCUUGUCAUUGUUGCUAGCUAUCUGGCCAUCUACAUUUCCCCACAUGGCAGAUUCGUGUCAUUGUUGCUAGCUAUCUGGCCAUCUACAUUUCCCCACAUGGCAGAUUCUUGUCAUUGUUGCUAGCUAUCUGGCCAUCUACAUUUCCCCACAUGGCAGAUUCUUGUCAUUGUUGCUAGCUAUCUGGCCACCUACAUUUCCCCACAUGGCAGAUUCUUGUCAUUGUUGCUAGCUAUCUGGCCAUCUACAUUUCCCCACAUGGCAGAUUCUUGUCAUUGUUGCUAGCUAUCUGGCCAUCUACAUUUCCCCACAUGGCAGAUUCUUGUCAUUGUUGCUAGCUAUCUGGCCAUCCAGGACCACAACACACGGCCUUCUGCCCCAUUGAAAUGCGUGCAUGGUUUUCGUGACGUUGUCACCUAACCCGUCUAUGUUGCUUUGUUUCCUCCCACUUAAGCUACCUGUACACAUCUUAAACGUGCUGGACUAAUGGUACAACUUAAGCUGUAAUAUAUAUGACAUAGAAAUACAUUCUUGCAGAAAGAGAGAUAUUGUUAUUUUUGUUAUUUUUUUUGUACAUAUUUGGCAUCUGUUUUGUCGCCGGUUGGUCUAAUCUGAGUUCAUAGUUGUGUUUAAAAGGUACUGAUGAACAUUGUUGCAUGGUCAAAAGCUUUAUUACUAACUUAAACAAGUAUAUUUCCCACCUGAAGUUAUCGUAUCAUAUUUAUGUGUACAUGGAGAUUCUUUUCUAUUUGUUCCUAUCCCACAUUUUUGUCAUCCCUUUGACAGCUGCUGACACAGACUAACAACCAGGUUCAAAAGAACAUUUAAUUGAAAGACUAAAAGAAAGGAAAAUCAUUCAGCUAGCUAGUCCCUAAGGCGAUUGCACUGCAGUGCAGUAGUUUCCUAUGGUGAUGGGAAACUAUCCAGUGAAGCUUUCAUUAUAUAAGGAUGUUUUUUCUGGUUCUAGCCUGACCCUUGUUCCUCUCCUCCGGAUCUGGCCCUUGUUCCUCUCCUCCGGGUCUGACCCUGGUUCCUCUCCUCCGGGCCCGGCCCUGGUUCCUCUCCUCCGGGCCUGGCCUGGCCCUGUUUCCUCUCCUCUGGGCCUGGCCCCGUUUCCUCUCCUCUGGGCCUGGCCCUGGUUCCUCUCCUCCGGGCCUGGCCCUGUUUCCUCUCCUCCGGGCCUGGCCUGGCCCUGUUUCCUCUCCUCUGGGCCUGGCCCUGGUUCCUCUCCUCCGGGCCUGGCCCUGUUUCCUCUCCUCUGGGCCUGGCCCUGUUUCCUCUCCUCCGGGCCUGGCCCUGUUUCCUCUCCUCCGGGCCUGGCCUGGCCCUGUUUCCUCUCCUCUGGGCCUGGCCUGGCCCUGUUUCAUCUCCUCUGGGCCUGGCCCUGUUUCCUCUCCUCCGGGCCUGGCCUGGCCCUGUUUCCUCUCCUCCAGGCCUGGCCCUGUUUCCUCUCCUCCGGGCCUGGCCUGGCCUGGCCCUGUUUCCUCUCCUCCGGGCCUGGCCUGGCCCUGUUUCCUCUCCUCUGGGCCUGGCCCUGUUUCCUCUCCUCCGGGCCUGGCCUGGCCCUGUUUCCUCUCCUCCAGGGCUGGCCUAGCACUGUAUCUAUCAAUGCAUUCCUCCCUCUUCACUCUUUCUCUAACCCCCUCCCUCCUUCCCUCUUAAUCAGUGUGUCACAUGUCCACAUUGUGUCUGAGCACGUGCACAUCGUUUGCGUGUACAGUAAGUGUCAUACGGUCAACGUGUUUCUGUAAUAGUUGUUUUGUUUCAUCUCUGUCCUGUUUGUAUGUCUGUCUUGGAAACAGAAAGCUAUGAUGAAAGCAUCCCUAAAUAGAAUAAUACUUUGUACUGAUCUUGAGAAAUGUAUGGUCAUAUUAAAGUAUAUAUUUCACAUGG